AUGGUCACAGAAAUUGGAAACCCUCGAUAUCCACCUCCCUUGGGCGCAUCCGAUCUUCGCGGCCGUCGGAGGGCCCCUCACCAGAAUCAACCGCGUUUAGAUCCAUUGAAGAUUGAACCACGCGUAACGCGAACCAACCCGAUCCCGCGAUCGACACCAAACUCUCCCCGCUCGGCACACCCACCGCGUUCUCGCUCUCCUUUUCCAGUCAAUCAUCCUGUCGAAGAUCGGCCAUGGAUUCCGGAGGCGCUCAGGGCUGGCUCGCCCCAAGGCCGUGAAGAAUGGAGAGCGAAAACACCUACCGGUCGUAAUUCCCCUUAUACGCCCCCAGCAGACCGACAACCCCCGACAUGGUAUACAGGCGAUAAUGAUUUCGACAAGCCCAAUCCGCGCAAAGCCCCGCCUGCCAGGGGCGGUUUGCGUAUUUCCAUGUCGACGUCCAAGCUGCAUAGCAACCGGCCCAGACUUCAAGAGGCCUCGGACGUUCGCCAGGACUUGAACCCACACGAUCUGCCGUUGCCGCGCUUCCCUCCCAGCGGACCCGCGGAUGAAACUACACUCAGAACCAGCGUCAAUUCGACCCUGACUUCUUGGUCCAGUGUAGAACAAAACAGUGGUACUGAGCGCAGCAGUGUUCUUACUAAGAGCAGCUCCAUCACCGACCUUUCACCCGAUACCCCAGACGCUCCUCAUAUGGAUGAAGGAAUGAGUGUGGAAGAUGCGAUUUCCAUGUACCUAGACGGCUUCAGCGACGUGACCGAGGAACCUCCAUCUCCCAAAUCCUACGCGGAGAGCAAGGCCCCAUCAGUAACACCGCCCCCAUCAAGAGAUUCGGGCUUGGACGACAUUUACCAUCCCAAUACGAGAUCGCUGGACGACAUCCCUCCCAUUCCCUCACUGCCACAGCCGACCUUGCUGGAGCCUACAGCACCUGGGACGACAUCACUGGAGCGUCCUGUCUCAGAGCCUGUUCCCACAAGUCCGCCGCUACCACCCCCGACUCUUCAUUUCGAACCAACACCACUCACCUCCCCAACUUCCGACAAACCGGCCGGUCCUCCUCCUCUCAUGCCUGGAAGUGAGACUAGGGAUGAAUACGGGUUCCGCAAAGCCACGCAGUACGUCACGUCGGAAAUGUACAAGGCCUGGAAAGGCCCGUAUUCCAGUUAUGCGGGCCAUCGACAGACCAAGUGGCACGAGAUGCUCAAGGAGCACGGUUUGAGCACAGACAAUCCAACCGUAUUCCCAGCGCAGUCCAAUAAGGUCAAGCGUUUCGUGCGAAAGGGCAUCCCGUCCGAGUUCCGGGGUGCAGCGUGGUUCUGGUAUGCCGGCGGGUACGAGCUACUGAACCGACACGUUGGCCAUUAUGACGACCUAGUGCAAAAGGUCAUGAACUCGCCGAGUAAUGAUGACAAAGAGCAUAUUGAACGAGACUUGCAUCGCACGUUUCCAGACAACAUGCACUUCAAGCCGGAAGGCACGGAUGCUGCCCAGUCUGGCAGUAGUAAUCCCAAACAUGCCGAUAUCCCGACAGAGACGCAAAUGAUUCAAUCCCUUCGCCGGGUGUUGUAUGCUUUCGCACUCCACAACCCAAAAGUUGGCUACACACAGUCGCUAAACUUCAUUACCGGCAUGCUCCUUCUCUUCCUUCCUGAGGAAAAGGCAUUCUGGAUGCUGCACAUCAUCACCUCAGUCUAUCUACCUGGAACCCAUGAAAUCAGUCUGGAGGGUGCAAACAUUGAUCUCUGGAUCCUCAUGGUUCUUCUUCGGGACUCCAUGCCCGCCAUUUACGCUAAGAUCGCCAGCAUGGGUGGGACACCCGCCGGCCGCAAGACGCCUCCUCUGACCGUCAACUCGCGACUGCCAGACAUCACGCUGGGAUUAACGAACUGGCUUAUGUCGGUGUUCAUUGGUACUCUACCUCUGGAGACCACGCUGCGAGUCUGGGACGUCUUCUUCUACGAAGGCUCAAAGACGUUCUUCCGCGUCUCGCUUGCCAUCUUCAAGGCCUGUGAACGCGAGAUCCUCGCAGUUUCCGACCCAAUGGAAGUCUUCCAAGUGGUGCAGACCGUGCCUAAGAAGUUACUCGAUGUCAACACCUUACUUGAUGACUCCUUCAUGCGACGCCAUCGAGUCGGACAAGGUCGAAUUGACGAGCUAAGAGCGGCACGACGGACGGCUGUCCGGCAGGAGAAAUUGCGACGGUCAGCGGCCUUUGGCAAAGGUCAAAUUCAAGCAGCCACCGACGAUUUCGAAGCACCUCCACGAAAUGGCCAUCCUCGUGUCAUGGAUUCUCUGCGCCAACUCAAGCAACACACAUUCCGAUAG